GGAGCAGAGGGUGGGCAGCGAGCGGGAAGGAGGAUGUUGUUGCAGAGACAGGUGUUGAAGAGAAGAGCAGAGACGACGGAGCUGGCGACAGCAGGAGGGCGGUGGGAGGGGAGAAGAAAGGUAAAGUAAACACAUACACACAGACAAAAUGACUCAUCCAGGUGCAUACAUGGGCUGGUGGGGUUCUAUGGGAUCCCCAAAGCAAAAGCGUGUUACGAUCCACUCCGUUUCUCCAUACGCACAGGCUCCUUUGCACGGCUCGACCGAAAGAGCCAUCUUCAACUCCUUCAGAAGAUUCAAGUCGCAGGUCCUGUACAUCGCCAUUCCGUUCGCCAUCGUCUGGUCUGUCUGGACCGACGCCAGAGACUACAACGAGUACUUGUACACCAAGGCCGGUAGAGAGGAGUUGGAACGCGUCAACGUCUAGGAGCGCUCUGCAGACCCUUAUUUUAUUUAUUGACUCGUUUAUAUGUAAAGUGUUUAUAUAAAUCGAACGAACAAACCUUGGCGUGCGUGGUCGCCG